AGGACCUUUCGCCGCGGUGCAUCUGGGAGUUAUACUUCACCUGGCCGCGGAGGCUGCGUGUGCGUCAGCAGGGCAGGAGAGGAAGGAGACUACAGAUCCCAGAGAGCAGGGCGGGACCCGCGGUCACCGCCGGCACUGCGCUGUGGGCGCAGGUUUUGCUGGCGCAGGAGCGGCGGGGCCGCGAUGGAUCUGUUCGGGGACCUGCGGCGCAUGAACAAGCGGCAGCUCUAUUACCAAGUCUUAAAUUUUGCUAUGAUUGUGUCUUCUGCCCUAAUGAUCUGGAAAGGGCUGAUCGUGGUCACUGGCAGUGAGAGCCCCAUUGUUGUGGUGCUCAGUGGCAGCAUGGAACCAGCUUUUCACAGGGGAGACCUGCUAUUCCUAACAAAUUUCCAUGAUGACCCAAUCAGAGCUGGUGAAAUAGUUGUUUUUAAAGUUGAAGGCAGAGACAUUCCAAUAGUUCACAGAGUUAUCAAAGUACAUGAAAAAGGAAAUGGGAACAUCAAAUUUCUGACUAAAGGGGAUAAUAAUGAAGUUGAUGAUAGAGGCUUGUACAAAGAAGGUCAGAACUGGUUAGAGAAGAAAGAUGUUGUUGGAAGAGCAAGAGGGUUUUUGCCCUAUGUAGGAAUGGUAACUAUAAUAAUGAAUGACUACCCAAAAUUUAAGUAUGCUCUCCUGGCAGUGAUGGGAGCGUAUGUACUGCUCAAACGGGAAUCCUAAACACAAGAACAAAGGGAAGUACACAGGGGGAAAAAAACCAAAUAUAUUUCAGAUGGUUUCGUUUCUGUAUACGGUUACAGAACUGUGCAAGCUUUUAUCUUGUCUAAAUAAAUGACACCGAAUGAGUGAA